AUGCCUUCCGUUGCUGCGGACGCCAUCCACGCAGUUGGAACAGUCUUCUGGACAGCUGUUUAUUUUGUUUAUUAUCUAUUCAAAGGAAGACAAGAAUGGAAAUGUGAGAAGAACAGCCAACCAGUUAUUCAAUACUGCUGUGUCGAUGGAACUCCGUGCUCGGAUCAUCAGUCGAAUGGAGUGAGAUUCAGAAAGAAUCCACCAGCGACGAAUGGCUACAGUAAUCAGGAACAUCAUAAUCACAACUCGACACCCAAAUCAUAUUAUUCUGAGAAUGCAGGUAUUCGUGGAUUCUUCAAAUCUCUAUGGAACAAUGUCAAGAAAGGAUCCGUUAAAGUAUGGGAAUUUUCAAAGAAGGCGGGAAGGAAGCUGUGGAAUUGGAUCAAGUAUGGAGCUCAUUUUUUGUGGAAAGUGAUCAAAUGUGUGUUCGGAAUGAUUUACGCAUUUAUUGUUUCUAAUAAUGUACCAUCUCAAACUCUCCCAUCUACCCCAAAACCAUACAAGGCAACUCCAUCGUCUCCAAGUUAUAAUAAGGUUUCUUUCGAAUAUCCACCUGACAAGUUGAACGAAGCUGAACUGAGAACAGCUACAAAGCAAGAGAUUGAAGAUGAAGAACCAGACGAGCCGACAAUUUACGAAGACGUUCCGAAGAGAGAGGAGCCAUCAAUAAAAGUACCAGACACUUCGGAAUCAUUUUACUACGAACGAGUUUUUGAGGAACCGAAACAGGAGCAAGUCAUUUCUGAACCACCAAGAGAAAAAUCAGUUCCACCACCGCCUCCACCGCCUCCACCUCCGAAACCAGUUUCUCGAGAGCCAAGCCGUGCUCGUUCGAUGACUCCAGGAGCAAGAGAAAGAAGAGAAGUGAAGGGAGGAAUUGGUGGAUUCAAGUCUGAUAUAAUGGAUGAACUCGAAGAACAACAAAGAGCUCGUCAAGAGAGAGCAUCAGUGAAUCGAGAAAUGACACAGAGCUGUCAUCCGGAUAUGGCACAAUGGAAAGCCAAUGAAGUUGUUGAUAGAUCAGCCAAUUCAACACCAUGGAGAGCAUCUUCUGUUGGUCCAACGAUGCGUCGUUUAGAACAAGUUGUUAGUCGAGUUGAAGGAGAUGAUCAGAAGGAGGCGAACUUUGUUUUCAGGCCACAAAAGAUUGUACAUUCUUCGGAAGAAUAUCAAAAUAGAAACAAACAACACUCGGACAAUGGUUUUAUGAUGGGAAGAAGUGUAUUCUCACCAGUGGAGGAAGCCGAACAAAUGCGAAAAGACAUCAAUAGCAAACAACAGAGCUACAGUAGUCCUCAAUAUCAAAGUGGAAACUGGAUGGAGGGACAACGAUCAAGACAAAUCAAUGCCAGUAGCGAGUCAGCAGUUAUUAAAAGCUUUCGCGACGAGACCACCGCUAAUUUUACUGUAGUAUUACGAUCAUCCAAUCCGUUUGGAAGUGCCGCCUACAAAUCAUCUCCAUAUGCUUCUCAUACAGCUCGCCGCAGCAAAACUCCAAUCAGAAAUCCAGAAGCGGAAGGUGGUGUUGAGUCAAUCGCUAGACAAUGGCCUCCAGUAAGCAACGCAACGGCAGCAGUUGGAAAUGCACGGAAUGAUUGGGUUGGAAGAAGCAUGAGAGGAGUUGAAGAGAAUGACGAUGGAUUGGUUAUGACCAUGUGUAGACGUGUUGUCGAGAAGAAAAAAGAUGAGAAUUGGAAGUGGAGAGAUGAAAGUGGAAGACUUCUUGAUGAGAGACAUAACAACACAUGGAAGGGAGAAUUGGAUACUCUCCUUCGAGACGGACCAAAUGAAGGAAGACAUUGGAGCAGAACUGUAGAGAAACUGCCAACUGGGGACACACGGUUCCAAGAUGUCAACAGACAAUACAACAAAGAAUUCGUUGUCGAAAGCAUCGUACGCAACUAUUGA